AAACCCCAAAAAGUCGGACAAAACAAAUCCUUAUUAUAAGCGGUGAAAAUAAAAAACGGAUAAAAGAAAACUCAUUUGGCGGUCAAAGUUGGAGCUCGGCCUGCGUCUCCGGCCGGACCAAUCUUCACGAUACGUAUUCUUUAGGGUUUGCCACUCUGGUCUACUCUGGUGCUUCUUUCAAUUUCUUCAGCGUCUUGGAUAAAAGAAAUGGCUAAUCAAUUGCACGGUUACAGCUCUGUCUACGGUGCGGGACCUGCCACUUCAACUGCCACUGCCACUGCCACUGCCACUGCCACUACACCUCUUCCCGCCGCAUACUCGUCUUCCCGCUCCCUCUCCAACAUCGUCUCCGGCCGUUACCUCGUGUCAGACUCGCUGGCCUCCGGUCUCUCCAUUAAGCACUCUUUUAUUGAUCGUGGUACCACCAUGUAUUCGACCCAGAAUGAAGCCCUUAGGUUAUCCGCCGCCGACAUUGUCCCAAGAACGUCGCAUUCGGUCUCUCAACGUUCUUCUGACGUGCUCUACGAUCAGACUGUUUUGGGUUCCUAUAACACUUUGGGGCAAAGUGAAGCCUGGUAUACUUCAAAUUCUUUAGCCAAGCGUCCUAGAUUUGAAAGUACAAGCAAUUUGCAUGUAUAUCCACAGAGGCCAGGAGAGAAGGACUGUGCCCACUAUAUGCUCACAAGAACCUGUAAAUUUGGAGAUAGCUGCAAGUUUGACCAUCCUAUUUGGGUUCCUGAAGGUGGAAUCCCAGAUUGGAAAGAGGUCCCACAAAUAACUAGUAGUGAAGAUCUCCCAGAAAGACUUGGGGAGCCAGAUUGUCCAUACUUUUUGAAAACUCAACGAUGUAAAUUUGGUUCAAGGUGCAAGUUCAAUCACCCUAAAGAUACGUCUGAAUCUGUGGGUGCUGAAAAAUCUGAUGUUUCAUCCUUACCUGAGAGACCAUCUGAGCCACUGUGUGCAUUCUAUGUUAAGACCGGAAAUUGCAAAUUUCGUGUUAACUGCAAGUUCCAUCACCCAAAAGAUAUCCAAAUUUUAUCUGGGGAAGUUAAUGGAAAUAGCGAACAAACUUUGAUCGAAGCUAAUACAGAAGGAAGAAUUGGAGACUUCAAGCUUGUUAAGCCUCCUGUUUCAUUUUCUCCGGCACUAAUACACAAUUCUAAAGGACUUCCAAUUAGACCGGGUGAAAUGGAUUGUCCAUUCUACUUGAAAACGGGCAGUUGCAAGUAUGGUACCACUUGCCGCUACAGUCACCCUGACAGAAAUGCAAUCAAUCCAUCUACUCCAGCAAUGGUCUCAGCUGCUAAUAUGAAUAUUGGAAUUUCUAAUCCUUCUAAUGCUAUUUAUCAAGCUGUUGAUCCCAGAUUGAUUCAGCCACUGUUGGGAUCCAGCUCAAGUAUUUACCCUCGAAGACCUGGGCAGAUAGAAUGUGACUAUUAUAUGAAGACUGGGGACUGUAAAUUUGGGGAACGAUGCAAAUUUCACCACCCUAUUGAUCGGUCAGCACCAAUGCAGGCUUCUCAACAUAAUGUGAAACUAACACUUGCUGGACUGCCAAGGAGGGAGGAUGCCAUAAUUUGUCCAUAUUAUCUCAAAACUGGUACCUGCAAGUAUGGGUCUACUUGCAAAUUUGACCACCCACCUCCUGGAGAAGUGAUGGCAAUGGUAGCAGUACAACUUGUUCCAGGGAAAGAAGGUGAAGAACGGAUAGAUGAACCAACCAGUUGAUGAACAGAAGUAUAAUGUCGUCUUUCUCAACCAUUGUAGCUUGUUUAAAUAAACUGAAGUUGUGAUUUCAUAGUCAGUCCUGCAUCAAAUUUAUUCCUUGUAUUUGACAGACCAAUACUUGUUAUUCCCUCUCUACCCUUCUGUAAUAUCAAUGCGCGCCUAUGACUUUGACACGUGAA